AUGUGCCAACGGCUACGGGAAUCCCGCGAGCGUCCACGGCAACCGGAUCGCAUUGAUCUGCGCUUCGGCGACGAUCCAUGGUCAAAAGAGGUCCUUGAGCAAACGUUGCACGUUCCUAAAAUCGGGUUUCACUUUGUUUAUCGGUCGGUCGGUGGAUGGGGGCAGGCGAUGGAUUCGCUGAUGGCGCUGCUGGAGGCGCUGCUGAUCACGGUCGUGUUCCGGCUGCCCGAGCGACUGCUCGCAUACCUCGAGAGAGCGGAUAUUCGAAGCCGUGGCGAUGUGCAAAUUUUCUCGCAUGACGGACUCACCUACUACUCUCGCGAAACGCAGAAGUAUCGUUGGAGGGAGGUGCGCUUUUUGGUGACGAUCGCCCAGAAUUACGGUAAUCGAAGAGGGCAACUGUAUGCGGAACAACGACAUCGUGCCGAGCCAGACUUCAACGAGUACACCUUGGAAUGGUCAAGCUAC